UGCCUUGGUGGGCGUCCCUUGAGGUGAGGCUGAGUGGGGGCUCCUACAGGCUCUCAGCGACGCGGGCGGGGGGUCCUAGAAGGACCUCUAGGAAACUUUCAGGCAUGGCCACCCGGCGUUUAACAGACGCGUACUUGUUGUUGCGGAACAACGCGAUCCAAAGCCGGCAGCUGCUGGCUGAGCAAGUGAGUAGUUACAGCUCCUCCAGUCCUCUGACUUCACGUAGCAUGGCUGCUGCGCUUGCAGAUGAUCGCAUGGCAUUGGUAUCAGGGAUCAGUUUAGAUCCUGAAGCUGCUGUCUGUGUAACAAAGAGGUUGCCUCCCAAGUGGAUUGAUGGUAUAGAAGAAAUUCAGUAUGAGAUCUCCAGGAUAAAACAGAAGAUGAAAGAAAUAGCCAGUCUACAUGACAAGCAUUUAAAUAGACCAACUUUGGAUGAUAGCAGCGAGGAAGAACACGCAAUAGAAAUAACCACUCAAGAAAUUACACAGCUGUUUCACAGGUGUCAAAGAGCAGUCCAGGGCUUAAACAGCAAGUCUCGAAGCUGUACGGACCAAGAGUGCCGGCUUCUGAAGAAUGUUGUGUAUUCCUUAGCUCAGUCUCUGCAGGACCUCUCCACCAGCUUUAGGCACGGGCAGUCUGACUAUCUCAAACGCAUGAAAAAUCGAGAAGAAAGAUCCAAACAUUUCUUUGACACAUCAGUCUCUCUCAUGGAUGAUGGGGAGGAUGCGACAAUCUACGAUAGGGGCUUUACAGAUGACCAGUUAGUAUUAGUGGAACAAAACGCUGUGUUGGUGGAAGAGCGGGAACGAGAAAUUCGACAAAUUGUACAGUCCAUUACUGAUCUUAAUGAAAUUUUCAGGGAUUUAGGAGCAAUGGUAGUUGAACAGGGUACCGUACUGGACAGAAUUGAUUACAGUGUUGAGCAAUCAUGCAUUAAAACAGAAGAAGGAUUGAAACAGCUACAUAAAGCUGAGCAGUAUCAAAAGAAGAAUCGGAAGAUGCUUAUCAUUUUAAUUUUGUUUGUUAUAGUUAUUGUCCUAAUCAUUGUCCUUAUUGCUGUAAAGUUUCGCUAGGCAAUGUGCCAGUGAUGCUUUCCUUUCUCUCUGUGUUUGUCUGAGGGGUAGCAACGAAUUUUUGUGUGUUGUAUUCUGUUUUUGUUCCUGACAGGAAUGGUUGAGCCGAUGCUCUUGAAAGCUGCCUUUUGGAUGAAUGUACGAGGUCUAAUGGUGCAAUGUCUGUGCAAUGUUCAUAGAGAAAACCUCUGUUUUACAUGUUCAGUGAAUAUGGAAGGCAGUGAUUUGCAAAAAACAUGCAGAAAUAUCGGAAUUUCUGAGGAAAGCUACCAAAUCAGGCAUUUCAUUUACCCAGGCCAUUGUAACACUAGAAUGCAUUUUUAAAAGUGAUUUAAACAUAUAGGAAAAUGCUUCUACUAAAGAGGAAUCGUAAUGCACUUUCUACUAUGGCUUAGCCUAUGGUUAAUUUUAGGGUAAGCUGUCCAAAUUGCCCUGUGGACAUCAUUCCAAAAGCUAUUGAGUUGGAGAUAAAAAUGCCUUAACGAUACAGCAAUAGUUUCAUUUUACCAUCUUUUCCCUCCAGAGUUAAUAUUAGUAUGAGUUCACGGAAGUAAAAAAGAUAACUCUGAUUUCAUUCUUUUGUUCUGAAAGUGGUGUUUUGCAUUAUCAGUAACACUCCAACCACAGGGAGUGCUACAUGUUUUAACAUUAUUUUUAAGUUUUAAAUAAUCAGGAAUGUGUUUUGAUUAUUUCCACCUCUUCCCACUACUGAACCGAAAGUUGUUUUUUCUGAUCCCUUUUCCAGAAUCUUCCUCCCCAAGCUGAAUCUGUUGUUAUACAGCAACAGUUACAUACUUAAUCUUACUAUUUUCAAAUAGUGAACUGAAAAGGGCAUGGUAGAAUUCACACACAGUUUGAAUUGAACUAAUAGUAUCAGGCACCUACACCUAAGUGAAAUCUCUUUUGUUCUCAGCUGCAUGGCUGUAGAGAACUCAGGAGAAACUUGGAAUCCUGUUCAGUAUCUCUGAUGUUGCAGGCGGCUCUGCUGAAAAAAUGGCUUUCAUGAUCAAAAUCAUGACAGUUUAACCGUAACUUAAAACUGCUAUGCAAUUUGGGGGCCCUUGCUUCAAUCCUUUUAAAAAAGCAUUCUGGACUGAAUAAUUUAGAGGUCGUAGUUUGCAUCUCUUUUUGCUGUGAUUUGGGAACACCACUUGCCAACAUUUUGUAGUUGCCUGGCAUUCUUACCCAUUUGAUCAUGCGGUAAUUGCAAUGCUGUCUCUGCACUUGCCACACCCUGUUUUCCUCCUUUCAUCCAGCUCUUUGCAUCAUUCAGAUUUCUUGUAAAAUGACAGUUACAGAAACAGUAAUCAUAGUCUUAUCUUGGUUCACUGUGAGAUGCUGCUUGCUAGAUAAAGGCAGAACCUCACACAGAAUGUCUAUAGCUGAAGCCCCUUUGAAAUAAGCAGGAUCGCCACAAGAGGAUGGUGUUCAGGUGCUGCUGUUAUUAUGUCAGUGAGGAGGUGGAAAAGUGCUCUUGGUGAACUAUGCCCAGCAAUUUUGAUUCAUAUCCUGUUUACAGAACCUCCGCAGAAGGCUGCUUUAUGCCUUCCAACGCAGUGGACCACUGCUUCCGGGAAGAAUGGAAUUCAGUCUCUUUAUUAUUAUCAUCUGCAGCACAUGUCAGUUCUACAGGUAGAUUUGUGAUUUGUACAAGUUCUGGGCCAGCCAAACAGCAGUGGAUAACAAGACAGCAGAUAGCAUGGGAAAUAUGGAAAAAAGUACUGUACUUUAUACAUUUGCAAAAACCUAUUUGCAUUUUAUGCAUGCAUAAAAUAGACAAAAAUAUGCCAAGAGUGAUGGCUGCCAGGCUCUGGUCUGUACUGGAACCUGGAAACAAGGGCCACCUCUAUUUAUUGAAAGUUCAGGUAGUCCUCGCUUAACAGCCAUUCAUUUAGUGACAAUUCAGACUUACAACGGUGCUGAAAAACAACUUGCAACUGGUUGUCACAUUUACAACCAUUGCAGCACCCCCAUGGUCACAUGAUCACGAUUUGGGCACAUGACAAGAGGUUCACAUUUAUGACCGUCACAGCAUCCCAUGGUCACGUGAUCGCCAUUUUUGACCUUCCCAGCCAGUUUCCGGCAAGCAAAAUCAAUGGGGAACUGCAUGAUUUGCUUAACGACCAUAUGGUUUGCUUAACACGCCUGGUAAUUUGCUUAACAACCACUGCAAAAGGUCGUAAAAUCAGGUCGAAUUCACUUAAUGACCGCUUUGCUUAGCAACUGAAAUUCCAGUCUCAGUUGUGGGUCAUUAGGCAAGGACCACCUGUAUCAUCCUGUUACCUAAAAUAGAAUACCCAAUUUAGGGCUGGCCUCCCUGGGCCUCUUUCCCCCAAGAUAAGAAAAAAUCUGUUGGCUUCAGUCUCUCCAUGAUUUGCUCCUUGUGCCUCAAGAUAACAAGUUUCAAUACCCUGGCAGGCCAUGGUUAACCUCCUUUUCUAAAAUAAAUUCCAACAUAGAGAACCUAGCUAAUGGACCUAGAUCUCCAUGAUGGGCAUGGGGCAGUUGGAAAAUGAUACACUCAGGUCUUAAAAAUACCUGACAUGACCCAGUUAGUUUAAACCACUGUAGAAAUUAGUUGCAUACCUGUUGCAGUGGGCCCAUUAUGGUAUCCUUGUUCUAGACCAUUGAUGGGAAACCUAUGACACGUGUGUCAAAGGUGACAUGCCAUGACAUUUUGGGUGACAUGCCAGCGUUCACCAACAACUGCCACGCCCCGGGAAGCCCCAGCCGCAGUUGCCCUGGCCACCUCCAAGACCCCUGCUGUCCUGCCCUCCACCACCCCAGCUCACCUGGCCAUCUUCUUGCUCCCUCUUGUGCGAAGCCAGUUCCUGCAGAAGCUGCUUGCAGUUUGCACGAAGAGAUGUGCCUUGCCGUGAAGGGGCGUGCUUUUGCUCUCAUUGCACAAAGCUUGUUUGUUUGGGGUGGGGGGUGACACGCCAGCAGAGUCAAGUUAGGCACUUUCUGAAUUUUUGACCUGCUGACCCCUAGAGGUUCACCAUCACUGUUCUAGACCCAGCAGAUGCUUUAUGGCCCUCUUGAGGUUUUCUGGGCAUUAUUCCACUGUGAUGGCUGACAAAGCGCAGUGCCCCCACCCACCCACCCACCCUGUUUGUUUGCAUGGCCUUUUCUUUUUCAGUAUUAAAAUGUUAAAAAGUCUCUCAUGCUGCCAACCCACAGGGUGUGAUCAAAAAAGUCAAGAGGGCAGCCACAGUGGUUUGACUGAAGUUCCAUCUCUACUUGUGCCAACCGUAGACAGGCCGUGGGUGUCAUACCCAAGGGAUGCAGGUUGUACCCCUCUGCUGUAGAUAAUGAUUUGCAAACCACUGGGUCUGUACUUGGCUAUAAACCAAAUCCAAAGAGAUCAUAAUGAAGCUAGAUAUGGAUUGCUUGGCAAGCAGGGCAAUAAAGUCAAGCAUUAUGGUAUUUUGCUAGCUAUACAAGUGUAACAGAAACCAUAGUUCUCAACUACCAUAGCUGCAGUGUAAGUAGGUAUUUAGGUUAAGGAGUGUGAGUAGCUAUGCCUAAAGAUGAACAUGCAUCCUCACAUACACACACACAUGCUUGCAAAAGGUUUGACUUAAGCCAAUUUAAUUAAUAAUAAAGGAUGGUCAGAAGGUAGAUUAGAAUCUCCUGGUAACUCUCUGGGUGAUUUGCAGUAGAUUUAUAGAAAUUUGUGGUCCCAGUUGAUUUAUUAUGAGCAACACCCAGCCUCUUUCUUAGGCUGCUAAAAUGAAGAAAAAAAUGACAAAAAUCAAAAGUAGAUUUUUGUAUGAAAAAACUGUUAUCAAUUCUUGCACCUGAAAGCAAAUUACCGGCUAAAUAUUUUGUUCAAGAGCACCUUUCCAUAUUUCUUCCUCCCUGCAUUCCUAGUGGACUUUUACCCUUCAUGUUAGGGCAGAGAAACAAGCUGGAGUCCUUCUGAUGUUCCAAUUUUGUGUCUCUGAGAAGAGCCCACCUUCUUCAGAGAAACUGGUAGAGUCAACUAUGAAGAGAACUCUGCAUCAUGAAGAGCCCAAUACGCUCCAUGAGGAAAGCCCCCUCAUUGAUUGCUUUCUCCUUUUCUUCACUUUGAAAAUUCUGUUUUAUGCCAAAAUUGGGCAUGCUAGUAACAUUGUUUUUCUAAAAGCCGCUAUUAACUUUUGAGCACUGAGAAAUGAAGCACCCUGGAAGGCACCUUGUGUGUCUCUAUUAGAGACACAGUGAGAAGUGUAUUCCUUUUUUGAGAUGGCCGCUGUAUGUGUUGCUCAACAACAAGCAUAGCAAGAUCUCUGCUUCAAGAGCCUUGCAGUCUAAAAUUUGGUGGGGGAGAAAAUGACAGAAAAAGUAAUUCCUCAUAAGCCGAAGUACAUACAGUGGCAUGUACUUUGGGAGGACAGAGGCUGUAGGCACAAAUGGGGGAGUUGGAAAAAAGGUUCUUGUUCUGCCCAGUCCCUGAAAUUAAGCCAGCAUUUAGUAAAAUCUUGUAGAGACCCCACCUAGCCUUUUCUACCUUGGGAGACAGUUAACUUAUGGAAUACUGUAGCAAAAGAGAAUGUUUUGCCAUGUACGUUUUUUAUUAAAAUCUUUAAUCAAUUUCAUUAGGUUUAAUAACAAGAAAAACUAUUUAUGAACAUGUACUUAAACAAAACCAAUGGCGUGAUUUGGAAAAGGCCAUCUUGGCUGCAGACAAAAUUGAUGCAUGUCAGUGUGUGUGUCUUUGUCAAAAGUAAAGUAUCCCUCAAGUCAAGCUUGACCCUUGAUUACUAUGUGGAUACUGUACUUCCACUUCCGUUGGCAAGAAUUUAAAAAUGGUUUGCCAUUGCCUUCUUUCUUCCUAAUUGACUAGAUUUCGAAGUGUGGCCUACACCUUAGAGAUGCCCCUGCUUAGCUUUGAAAAUAUGCGCACAAUCAUAUAUAUUACAACCUGUAGUAUAAUGAUAGGUUUAAUCAAAACUGGAUUAAUUAGAUACAGAAACAGACUUUAUUUGCCCCUCCCUCCCCCCAAGAAGAAGGUCAGGAAAUAGGAGUGAAAUAGGAAAUCAUGGAAAAGGGUUGAGCUAAGAGAAAUGUGUUCUCUAAAGAGGAUGAUGGAUAUAGCAAGCUGGAUGUUUGGAAGAAAAAGGUGUUUCGCUGCUAAAGGGAAAAAAAAUCACCGCCACUCUUCUGGGUACAGGGAAAAAUGGUCUCUUGGGAGGGGAAAGUUAUUUGCUUUCAUGCCCCUCCCCUCGAAAGGCAUAUGUGGGUUAAUAAAAUACAACUUUGUGACAGGCUACUGCCACUAAUAUUAUUUGUGAAAACUUCUGAGGCUUUAUUUGUAUUUCUGUCUACUGCAAUAUAUUUUUGGAUGGUUAGCCCGAAUCCACAGUUUCUCCAAAGUCUUCUAAAAAGUCUUAAAUCCUGAGAACACGUCAGCGUAAGAUAUGUACAUUCCAAGGGGUGGGUUUUGCAGUCUGGGGAUUCCUUCUGUUCAUCAGUCAUAGUUUCAUGUAAGAUUACUGUACUUUAGGAAGAAUUUUUUAAAAUCUUAUUUAAAAUUAUUUAUUUAAAAAGCACUAGUUAAAGAGGUGGUCUUUUUUCUACACUGAGGAUUCUUUAUGACUGCCCCAUUGGUGAACAACUAAACUGGCUUGUAUUUUAACGACGACAUGCCGUCUUUCCAAAACUGGAAAACCAGAGCUGAGAACUAGCGCCUUUUUACCCAAAGAACCCAUUGUUAUAGUCUGAUUUGAACUGAGACUUAUUAAUCAUGUGAAAAAAGAUGUAACUCUAACUUUCUUGUGACCUCUCGCUGCUGAAUGAUGCUUGUGGUAUGUUCCAGAAGGUCUUACGUUCAGUCUUCUUCAGGUUGGGACCGAACUUGGGGUUAGACAGGAUUGAAAACUGCAGAGAGAUCUACUGCCUGUCCAAAAGGUUCGGCCCCACCACCCUGCGGAUUGCUGCCCAACAGACUUUUAGCGAAACUCCAAAUCUGCAGUGCAAAACGAAGGCUCAUGACAGACCCGGUAACAGGGGAACCAUCCCAAAUGAGGAAUCAUCUCCCGAUUCAUCACAUACGGACUCGAGGAGCAACAGUUGUUUUGAGCCAUGGUGGAUCUGCUUUCAAAUCAAAUCAAAUGAAUUUAUGGUGUAAGUAGCAUAAGGGAUCUCAUUUUUACCCAGCAAUGUACAGUCUAUUUUCUUCUAUUUCUGUGAACAAUUUGUAAUGUAUGAAUAAACUGAUCAACUCCAA